UCGACAGUCGACGCGUCCAGGAAGCGCUAGAACAACGCCACGGCCGCCGCCACCACCACCGCAGUUCCCCGCAGCAUCAGGCGCAGGCGGCGGCAGUGCGGCACCGCAGAACCGUCUCCUCCUCCUCAGCUACUCGUCGCGUGGUCUGCAGAUGGGCGUCGAACCGGCGCAGCCGAACCCCACCGCGGCCGCGGUGACGGCCACCACCGCUGAGCAGGCUCAGGAUCUCAUCGACGCCGCUAGGUACGAUGACUUGGAGGACGUCGUCGCUAUGUUCUCCGCUGGUAUCUCGCUGGACUCCACAGAUUCGCAAGGCCGCACAGCUCUUCAUAUGGCUUCUGCCAAUGGCCAUCUUGCUGUGGUGGAAUACUUGAUUCAAAAUGGAGCGAAUGUUAAUGCCACCAACUUGGAGAAGAACACACCCCUCCACUGGGCAUGCCUUAAUGGACAUAUAGAGGUAAUCAAGGCUUUGAUAUCAGCGGGGGCUAGCGUGAGUGCUCUGAACAGCCAUGAGAAAACGCCUAUGGACGAAGCGGUGUCAAAAGGGAAGAUGGAUGUGAUCGAUGCAAUCGGUGCAGCAGUAGCUCAAGCCGAGCUCGAUGGCGUUACUGUCUCCUAAAAGGACCUGAUGAGUACCUGGAGUUAUGAAUGACUUGCAGCCUUGUUCUUAUCUCCCAGAGGUUCUGUCUAUGUCACUCGUGAUCCUGAAUUUUUGAUGGGCCAGUAUCUGGGGAACAUGGUAGAUUAGCCUUUGCCGUUGCAUGAGUUGAAAGUUUAUUGUCUAUAGUGUCGGCAAUCACCUGUUAGCGUCAAUGGCAUGAGACCGUGGAAGGCUGAUCUGUCGUUAUAAACCAGAUGUGAAGUUGUCAAAGAUAAGGAUUUCUCCUAAAAUGUUGUAGGAACGUUGCUUGUUCUCGUAGACAACCUUCGUUUUCCUUUGUGUUCCUUGACUCCAAGUAGCGCUGAAAUGGUAUGCGCACCUCUCCCCUCUUUUUUUCAAA